UGUGUUGAAAGUUCUGAAGCAGGAACGGAAAUAGUGAAAUAGAGACCGCCUCACCGCCGCCUUCGUUCUCCAUCCCCGCCUUUCUUGGUUCGUGUCGAGACAAAAGAAGCGAGAGAGGCCUUGGGCCCGAGUGGGACGCGGAUCUAAUACCAUCUGGUUGAACAUUUUAUCUACCAAAAUGUCAAAAAGGCCAUCUUAUGCCCCUCCACCCACCCCAGCCCCCGCAACCCAAAUGCCCAGCACACCAGGGUUUGUGGGAUACAAUCCAUACAGCCAUCUGGCCUACAACAACUACAGGCUGGGAGGGAACUCGGGCAGCAACAGCCGGGCCACGGUAGGAGAAUCAACUAUUACGUCAUCCGGCAAACAACAGGAAGUGACCAGAAAUGGCUUUAGAGCAUCAUCAGGCAUUACAAUCCCCAAGCCCCCCAAGCCUCCAGAUAAGCCACUCAUGCCUUACAUGAGGUACAGCAGGAAGGUCUGGGACCAAGUGAAGGCGUCCAACCCUGACUUGAAGUUAUGGGAAAUUGGGAAGAUCAUUGGAGGAAUGUGGCGAGACCUCACUGAUGAAGAGAAGCAAGAGUACUUAAAUGAAUAUGAAGCAGAAAAGAUAGAGUACAACGAGUCAAUGAAGGCCUACCAUAAUUCACCUGCUUACCUUGCCUACAUCAAUGCAAAAAGCCGGGCUGAAGCUGCACUGGAAGAAGAAAGCCGGCAAAGGCAAUCUCGUAUGGAGAAAGGUGAACCUUAUAUGAGCAUCCAGCCGGCUGAAGACCCAGAUGAUUAUGAUGAUGGAUUUUCUAUGAAACACACUGCCACAGCUCGUUUCCAGAGAAACCACCGCUUAAUUAGUGAAAUCCUGAGUGAAAGUGUAGUUCCUGAUGUCAGAUCAGUAGUCACCACAGCUAGGAUGCAAGUUCUCAAGCGCCAGGUUCAGUCCUUAAUGGUUCACCAGCGGAAACUAGAAGCAGAACUCCUGCAGAUAGAGGAACGCCAUCAAGAUAAGAAGCGGAAGUUUUUGGAGAGCACAGAAUCCUUUAACAAUGAGCUGAAGAGGUUAUGCAGUCUGAAGGUAGAGGUGGACAUGGAGAAGAUUGCUGCAGAAAUUGCUCAAGCAGAGGAACAGGCCCGUAAGCGACAGGAAGAACGGGAGAAAGAAGCAGCAGAGCUAGCAGAACGGAAUCAGAACAGCACAGGGCCUGAAGAAGAGCAAACGGCUAACAAAACAGAGGAGAAGAAAGAAGAAGGACCAACUCCCAUGGAAACAGAAGAACCUCCUCCUGAAGAACCCCUUGAGAGCCAGCAAAAUGGUGAAGGGACAUCCACGCCAGAAGACAAGGAAAGUGGACAAGAAGGAGUUGAGAGCAUGGCAGAGGAAGGGACAAGUGACAGCAACACUGGCUCAGAAAGCAAUAGUGCCACAGUUGAAGAACCCCCGGCUGAUCCAGUAGUUCCAGAAGACAUUGAAAAGAAAGAAUAAAUACAUAGCCUCUACUUUCCAUGUAUCUCUCUCUCUCUUUUAAAAAAUUAACAACACAGGAAAAAUAGUUUGUAAAUCACUGUUGGUAUUGUUGUUUUCUAUUUUUCCAGCAACAAAUAAAUAUUGGUCAUUUAUAAUAUUUGAAAUAUUUGUGAUGCUGCUGGAUUCAAAUGUAUAGGGGUGAGCUAAGGCUUUUAAGUGACCAGCUGGCAUAGAAUCAGAUCCCAGCAUUCAUUCUGCUGUAGUUCAGAAGAACAGCAUCAUAUCUGUCCCAAAGAAACAGCUUUGUUCUUUGGCUUGUUGUCUUUUAUUGUGGUCCCUCCCCCCGAAAAUACUUAUAGAGCCCCAAAGAAUUAUGUUUUAUUUUAUUUUGUUGUUUUGUUAUGUUUUCUGUUAUCAUCUCGGAGCUAAGAGUUCAGAACUGGUGAUAAAGGUGCGGUUCCCCAAAACUCACUCUAAUCAUCCAUAUAAUUUAGGAACUGAUAUUCCAGACUUCCAGCUGCAACCAGACAUAAUCUGUUAUUUGUAAUUUGUGGAAAUCAGAAUCAGAGAAAAUAAUUAAAUUUGUCAUAUUUUUUCCAAUAAUUGUUCCCCUGUAUCCAUUAGACUAAAAACUAAGUUCACUGGUCUAAUGUUUACUUGCCCUUUGGAAAACUUGGAUUUUAACCAGGACUAUAAUAUGUAUGCACACACACACACAAAUACAUACAAAUACAGAUACAAUAGUGUCAUGAUAGAAUUUACUUCACAGAAGAAUAGCAUGUAAUAGGGAUAAAAAUUAGUCACCAUGCUUUUACUGUUACCACUACCAUUUUCCAUGCUGCCUUUUCCUCUUCCAUAUGGUCUGUAACAGAGCUUAGAAAAGUUACAUUUUAGACUAGACAUAGAAAUCCCACAAGUUAUGGCUCCUGGUAAAUUAUAGAAGUUGUUGACCAAAAAAAGAAUCCAACUUUCCUAGACUCUAGUCUGUACAAGAAAAGCCUCUCUCACACUGGAAAUGCUGCACCUUCCCCACUUAAAUAGUGAUAACGUAAAUUUCACAACUCUGCAACAUGAAAACGCAAAGAUUUUAAGCUAAAAAUCAUUAAAGGGCUGCCAUUUUAAUGCAGUAGCAUUAAAUGCAGUAUUUUCUCUCAUGCAAACACCAAAAAGAGAAAGCAAUAUCUCUUGAGGCACAUGACUCUAGGCCAUUUCUGCCAACAUUCAAUUGCAUCUACAGAGUUUCGUUCUGCCUUGGGACUCUUCAAAGUAAUAUGUGAUCCUUCUUAGAGUUCCCCCACCCCAGUGCUUUUUGAUCCCUUUGAUCUGAAUGAUUUUGAUGCAAGGUGUGGUGUAAGAUAAUCCAAUACAGUAGUUUGAAGUUUGUCAAACUGUUCUCCUCCCACAUUGUGCCACAGUUGGAAAGCACCAUGCAAUUUGUUCUUUUCAGACAACCCUUUUGGUUAAAAUGAGUGCUACAGAUGUCUUGCAUCAUCAUAAAAGUUAUUUGUUUUCUUUUGAAUGUGAAACUGUCUGGAAAUUCUGCUUCAGGGUUGCCCUCUACAGACAUCUCGGAGAAUUCUGUUCUAAAAAAAAAAUAAGGUCCCUCUAAGUAAAACCAUCAGGUUUUGUGUCUGUCUCCUACUCUGUUGUUUGCUUACGGAUUUGUGAUGGGUUGUUGUUUUUUUUACUAUUUUUAAAAAACUAUUUGGUCUCUUUAUUGGUUUUUGAUGUAAUAAACUAGAAUAUGUUUUAAGAAAAUGAAA